AUGUACCGUCGAUGCGGUGAAAAUAGCAAAAUAUGUGAUGGAGGUGAUGGUGAUGAUGGUGGUGGCGAUAAUAGAAACGGUGAUGAUGAUAGCAACCGCCAAACCCACAUCUGUUUCAUUAAUUCAUUAUUUCCUCCUCCUCUCCUUCCCACCAUGAUCUCUUCCCCCUCCUCUUCCUCGGCGUCCGCCUCACGGAAGAAACAACGGCCCGGUCCACACCCCCAGCCCCAGAACAAGUGGCGGACCGGUGCUCAAGAGCGGAUCUACGGGCGCCGCCUCCUCGAGGCCCUCCGCUCCGCUCGCGCCGGCCGCGCCUCCGCCGCCGGAGGCGGCGCCCGGGCCGUCAAGGAGGCGGCAGACUCCGCCCUCGCCCUCACCGCCCGGGGACAGUCUCGGUGGAGCCGGGCCAUCCUCUUCGGCCGCUGCCGCCGGCGCAAGCUCCUCCUCAAGGCCGGCGGGAAGAUCCUGCGGCGGCGGACUCGGCCGGGCAGGAAGGCCGCAGCACCGCCACCUCCACCGGCGGCGCUGAAGGGGAAGAAGGUGAGGGAUCGCCUUCGCGUUCUGUCCCGGCUGGUGCCGGGGUGCCGGAAGCUGUCGGCGCCGAGCCUGCUGGAGGAGGCGGUAGACUACGUGGCGGCGUUGGAGAUGCAGGUGAAGGCGAUGCGCGCCCUCGCCGACGCCCUCUCGGCUGCGGCGCUCUCCCGUCCGCCUCCGCCGGCGGCGGCUGCGGCCACCCCCGAACCGGAGAACUGAGGGCCGCCUGGCGGGUUCGCUUUGGAUUCUAAUUAUUAAUGAAUAAAAAAGAGAAGAAGAAGAUAUGCGAGGAGAGUAGAGUUUAUGGGAGAUAUUUUUGUUGGGUUUGUCAUUGUAAAUUCUCAGAUACUUGUAUAAUGCUGCCGCUCCCUUGAUUGUUCCUUCUAACAAGAAGAUGAGAAUUUAUAUUUUAUACUCAUCUAGUUUUAUCACUAUUCUUCUAUCAUCUCGGUUGCAAUUUCUUGUGGGAUUUUUGUAGAAGAAAACUCUUUGGAGUGAGGAUUUAUAUGAUGCAGGACAGGAGGUUACAAAAUUAGAAGCUGCAGCAUAUAAUUAUUAGUCUGUGAGCCUCCAGUGUUUUCUGGAGUAGUAGAUUGGUA